CAGAAGGAGGCCUUUAGGAACAUCACCAAAUUGAAGAGGCUCUUCAUGUCCGACAAUAAAAUCAUGACUAUUCAACAGGAUACGUCCUAUUAUAUUCAGAGUGUGCAGUAUUUGGAUAUUUCCUUCACCAACGUACUCACGUAUAGUUACCAAAUAUCUAUGCCUACACUUGAAAUGGCCAUGAGCCUUAUAUACGGCCUAAAGAUACAGCAGAACGCAUUCAAACUGCUGCCGGAAUUGGUCUACCUGGAUGUUUCCCACUCGAAAAUGACCCGCAACAGUGCCGUGGCCUUCGCACAUUUGGGGCCCAAGCUUAAGUUCCUAAGCUUGUGCUACACGGCCAUUCCUAUGGUGAGCAGCGCGAUUUUCAAAAACACCGUCCUCGAAGGCCUCGAUUUGUCGGGAAACCCCUUCGUGUCGAACAACAUCCUAGAUGAUGCAUUCGAUGGGAUUGGCAGUACGUUGAAGUACCUGUAUUUUGAGCACUCCAACCUCAAGGAUAUGGAGUGGUCCAGGCCCCUGAAGAACGUUCAAAUCCUGGGCUUGGCGGGUAACAGCAUAAACCUGCAGAGCUUGGAAAUCCUCGAUUUAAGCUCUAACCACGUUGGUAAUUGGUAUAAGAGCGCUUUCGACAAUAACUCCGAGCUACGUGUGCUGAAUCUUCGCAGUAAUAACAUCAAUGUCCUGACCAAUGAGAUGCUCAAGGACUUUGAACGCCUGGAGUACCUGAGUCUCGGCGACAACAACUUCAUUUGCCACUGCCACCUGAGGGAAGUGGUCGAGGUGGCGGCGGGCAGCAACAAGGAAGCCGACUGCUCGUACAACCUGCUCAACAUAAGCCCCACAAGUUCGAUGAGCAUCCAAAAACUGCUGGGUACCGCGGAACCUCUAAAUAUAAAUCGAAAGCUCUGGCAGAGCCGAUUCCUGCCACAUUUGAAUAAGAGCUACAACAAUAUAAAGGACUAUAAGCGCGUGAACAAGAUUUUCAAAUUGCGAUUCUUGGCUGGCGAGUAUAGUGCCUCCAGAUGUCCUGCCUCGACACCCUACCAGUUGUCUGAGCUAAGCAACGAACUGCUGACCCUAAAAUUUCAGCUGCUUGACUAUGAUGCGACGCAAUACUGGUGCUUCAAUGACACCGAUCAAGUGCAGGUGGAGGAGCUGAACUGUCAGGUUCGGUCCAUGAGUGAGAUCACGACGGACUUGCACAACCUUACGACGGUUAUCGCGGUGCUCGGCAGCAUCCUUGGCCUGUGCAUCUGUGGCUUCAUUAUCUAUCUAAAGCGCUGGCAUAUACACUACUACUACUCGUCGCUAAAGUCCGCAGCCCUCCUUUCCAGCGCAUCGAAAGAGUCGGUGGACAGCUUUACGCAUUUGUCCCAACGUGAUCCCAGCACUGUCUACGAUAUCUUCAUUAGCUACUGCCAAAACGACCGUACGUGGGUGUUGAAUGAACUGCUGCCCAAUGUCGAGGAAGCAGGAGAUAUUUCCAUAUGUCUGCAUGAACGAGACUUUCAGAUCGGAGUGACUAUACUGGACAACAUUAUCUCAUGCAUGGAUCGAUCGCACUCAUUGAUGCUGAUCAUAUCCUCCAAGUUUCUACUGAGCCACUGGUGUCAAUUCGAAAUGUAUUUGGCCCAGCAUCGCAUCUUUGAGGUCAGUAAAGAACAUUUGAUCCUCGUAUUCUUGGAGGAUAUACCUGAUAAAAUAUAG